UUUCGAUCAUACCCAAGGAAGUUAUAAAGAUGAAAGCGUUAUUCGCUUUGAUUUCCGCGGUGGUGCUCCUCGUGAUCUGUACCACCAUGGUUGUAGCAUUCCCAGUUGCCCAAAACGAGGGUGGAGUUGCAGAUAUUUCAAAAAUGACCGUGAACGUUGGCGAUUUGGCUGAUCCUAAUAAGAUGAGAGAAGCCGUCGAAGACAUCCUUAAGAAGAUUAAAGACGGCGUUUCCAAGGGAGUGGAAGCGUUGCCGAAGGUGCCCAGCUAGGAAUUAGCUUUGGAAACAAUAAAUAUGAAUGCACAACACAUUCGUGCGAAUUAACAUAAUUAGCUCACAAUUGUUCUGUUAGCUUGGUGUUGUAAAAAUAAAGUUAAACUUAACAGAA